GAAACGACAGGGUAUGGCCUAUCUUUGUUAACUUAUAAAACAUAUUUGUAAAAAGUGGCGUAAUACAGUUUAUGGGGGGAGAGGGAAAUGACGCAUUUGGGCAGCUUUUUCGGGAAGAGUAGUUUACCGCUACCAUUGAUUCGCUUUCAAAGCAUGGAUCAUACCAGAAAGGACUACAUAUUCCAAAAAACCUUUUGUCCUUAACCGGUGCCGUGUUUUCAAAAUAGCCGGAGUUAGUCCAUAGCGGAUUUUUAUCUGAAAUAUUUGUUGGCUAGCAAACUGUUCCAGUGCUUAUUAAAACACAGUAAUCAUGAGGAUGAGGAACCUCUGGACCAAAGCUGGUGUUCUGGGCUCGGUGUCCAUGGCGUUCGGAUCCAUGCUCUGGUCUCAGAAGAAGACGGAAACUAAUCAGACGGGUUCGAACCCCGCAUGCACGGAACCACCUUCUCCUUACGAGCUCAAACUCGUGCAAGUCCUGUUCCGCCACGGAGCCCGAACUCCGCUGAAGUCUAUACCGGAUGUCAUGGAGGCCCAGUGGGUGCCUAACCUCCUGGAACCCCCAGCACACACACAGAUCAACUACGUGGUGACAGACCUGGAAGGAGGUCCACGGCCCUCCUCACCGGUGGAGGACAGCUACCGGGCCAACAUAUUGACCGGGGGUACGUACCCAGGUCAGUUGACCACGGUGGGCAUGCAGCAGCUGUAUGAGCUGGGAGAGAGGCUGAGGAAGAGGUACAUCCAGGACACGGCCUUCCUCAACCCCACCUUCAGCCCUACAGAGGUCUAUGUGCGUUCCACUAACAUUGUGAGGACAAUAGAGUCUGCCAAGUGCCUGGUGGCAGGGCUGUUCCAACAAAGCCAGAGAGACAUGGUUUCCAUUCUGACGACUGAGGCAGAGUCAGAGAUCCUGUACCCUAACUACCACGGGUGCAGACUGCUCAAACUCCUCAGCGGUCAUCGCUGGGCGGAGUCGUCCACUCUGCCAGACAUCGCUGCGGACCUGAGGAGCAUCCAGAGUGCUCUGGGCAUCGCUGCCCACCAACGGGUUGACUUCAUCCUCAUCAGGGACGACAUGGUGGCCAGAGAGACACAUGGCCUGCCCUGCCCACCAGCCCUGGACUCCUGGAGGAACACCGUGGAGCAGAGGGCUGUGGAGAUGAUAUGUCACAUCUACGAACCCAGCAAGAGGGAGAACCUGCAGCUGUGUGUGGGUCCCCUCUUCCACACCCUGAUGGGUAACAUAGAAGACCAACUACAGGGCACAACCUCAGAGCCCAACAGGAAGCUGUUCCUGUACUCUGCCCACGACACCACUCUGAUGCCCUGUCUCAUGGCUCUGGGUGUUUUUGACAUGCGAUGGCCACCGUACGCCGCUGACAUCACCCUGGAGCUGCAUCAACACAGGCAGACCAAAGAGGCCUUCAUUAAAGUGUCCUACAUUGGCAAGGACCAGUUGAUUCCAGGCUGUAGUGGAGUCUACUGCCCCCUGCAGGAAUUCAAGCAGGCCUUCUCUAACUACUCUCUGACCUCUGAACUCUACGAGUCGCUCUGCAACCGCACAGAGAGCGUGGCCGAACCCUGAGGCUUUUGCACUCUCACUGUUACCAGCCACCGUGUUUACAUCCCACCAGACAUCCACUCUCCAGCCCUAGUCUAGCAUUAGCCAGUGUAUUAGAGUAUGUAGUAUGUUAGGAUACCUCACUGUUUAAACCAUGGGUGGGCAAACUUUUUGGCUCGAGGGCCAUAUCGGGAUUUCGAAAUUCGAUGGAGGGCCGCACAGAUUAUUUUUGGACAUUUUUUUAAAAUAAAUUUGCUGGCCAGAAAAGAAGUCAUAAUUUUUACAUACUUUUUAUCUAGUUUUAGACAUUCAAGUGUGGCCUGGAGUGUUUUUGAUAACCAAAAUUAUAAUUCCCCCCCACAUUUAUUUUAUUAUAAUUUUUAGCUCCUGCGGGCCGGAUUGAAUGGUCUCGCGGGCCAGAGUUUGCCCACCCCUGGUAUAAAUGCACAAAGGUAGCUUCACUGUCAAAGUGUAUAGCUGACUUUGAAACCACACCCAGGGCGAUAGGCAUCCUGUGUGGUACUGCUUCUACUGGUUACUGGUUAAGAUGGUCAGUUACGUGUGGCUCAGUUGGUAGAGCAUGGUACUUGCAACACCAGGUUUGUGGGUGUGAUUCCCAUGGGGGACCAGUACGAAAAUGUAUGCACACUUUGGAUAAGAGCGUCUGCUAAAUGACUAAAAUAUGAAGAUUAAGAAAGUUUUACUUUACAAAGUAAAUCUGAAUUAUAUUGAAAUAAUCUGGUGAUAUUAUGUCUAAAAAAAUAAGUGUAUUACCAAUUAUAUUAAUAAGUUUCUUUCUGCAACAGUACUAUGCACAGAUGUGCAUUUAUGUCCGUAGAUACACUGCUUUUACCUGGUUAUUACUUUAUGCACAGCACCAUAAAUGACAGGCACCAGAUUAUAAAUACUGUAUAUUGACUUUCUGAAAUGUUCUGGCUUUGUUGUUUUUCAGAGUGAACCAAAAUGCUUCAUAGCAAACUGCAAUCUUCUCCUCAGGGGAAAACCAAGCACUUCAUGUACAUAGUGUUCAUUAACAAAGGGUACCAAAAUGUAUGGCGUGUAUGAGAGUGUGUGUGUUUACCCACUCAGAAUCAUUCAUUUUAGAACCUUUUUAAAAAGGGAAUUAUUCUGCUUACGAUAUGUUGUGAGUGAAACAGUAGGUGCCUUCUUUUAGGAAUAUGUUGAUUAUAUUGAGUGUAUAAAUUAUAUGCAUGGAUAUAUGAGCAAAUAUACACUACACAUUGGAGUGAUUAUUUGUUGUAGGUCUCAUCAUGGGGAGUUGCCCUGAAAUUCUUAGACUUUAGAGUGGUGGUCAUUAAUAAAGAGUUGGUCAAUGCUU